AAGCAGUUACAUUCUUAGCGUGAACGUGGUAGGUUGUACGUCGCUAUUGUCGCGUCGUAUUCUGGUGCUGUUGGACUGAGUCAACAUUUCCUCUUAUGGAGACGGAAAUGAAAUGAUGUUUGUACGUAGUUUUAUUACAUUUGUCUUGCUAUUGUGUGCCCCAGUAUCGUCUUUGAUUAACUUCUACGGAGAUGAGAUAUAUAAAAUAAAAGAUGGUGAGGUUCCGUCACUACGACAGAGGGACAACUCUCUCCCUGGCAGCUCCUCCACAUUGACGGGAAGAAAUCUCGAGGGAGGCGAGGGCAAUAGCCCUUCGUUUCCUCAUAGUGAGCCUCAUCCUCCUCAGCAACGUCCCUCCUCAACAGCAGCUGAAGAUGUUCCCUCGUUUUUGAGGGUUGUACCCGCAGAAGUCGAUUCUGCUCCACGCUCCUCGAGUGGGCUUACUGUGAUAAACAACUCAUUGCUCGUAUCUUCCUCAUCUAACGCAUCCUCAUUUAUCACUGCUUCGCAGUCAAUUAGCCCGUCUGCUCUUUUACCGCUAUCAUCAGAGCAGAUGAAGACAUCAUUACAUACUGUAUCUGACAAUACACAUUCAUCAUUACCAAGCUUAUUGUCAUUGCGAACUUCAGAUGAUGAUGUAAUUCUGUCAUCAUUUAAACAAUAUCCAACUGCUUUUGAGCCGUUGCCCAUUUCAUCUCCCACUUCGUCGCCGGCCUCUACGUCAUAUUCGUCAAAUGCCUCAACACAUGUAUCGUCAGCGAUGUCAUCAUCCCUACCUGUAUCGUCAGCGAUGUCAUCGUCCCUACCUGUAUCGUCAGCGAUGUCAUCGUCCCUACCUGUAUCGUCAGCGAUGUCAUCGUCCCUACCUGUAUCGUCAUCGACCUUGUCCCCUACAGCAAGAUCGAUCAGUUCUCGCGUGGCGUCACCACACGAGGAGUUCCAGGAGCACGUGGUGUUCACCCCAGACGUGGUCCACGCCAGGACCAGACGUCAGAUUCAAGACUCGACCUGGCAUCCCGAGCUCCAGGAGCACCACCAUGACAUUACACUCGGUUUCGCCAUCAAUGGAGAGAACAUACUGAUGGACCUCCAGCUCAACAGACAAUUGUUGCCGCAGGGGUACUUCGAGAAGCAGCUCUAUCGUAACGGCUCACACUCCAUUAGGCGCCCUCAAGGCCAGGACGCUGGACUAUGCCACUACCAAGGCAGCAUCAGGGGCAGACCAGGCUCGCGGGCUGCGGUGUCGACCUGUCACGGUCUGAGCGGGAUGGUGUUUGACGGAGAAGAAACUCACUACAUCGAACGAGUGCCGGAGUCCAAACCUUCGCUUUCCAGUCCGCACUUCCUGCUGAGCCACAAGCAUCUCGUGCCUCGCAACCUUACGUGUGGGUACAACGGCCAUCGACAUCCUUCGCUGGAGCUCUUCAAGGACGAUAAUUUCGCCAGGAUGUUGAGGUACAAACGGUCGACGGGUAACCGGCUGGAGGACGGCCCUGCCAGCGACGGCGGUGGUCGCAUACGUGGCCCGUACAACAGCAACGUCUUGUCGCGCUACGUGGAGCUCGUGCUCGUAGCUGACCACCUCGAGUACAAGAACCACGGCGAGGACGUCCAGAAGAUCCAUAAGAGGUUCAAGGACAUCGCUAAUAUCGCUAAUGCGCUCUACCAGCCACUGAACAUCUUCAUUGCGCUCGUCGGCGUGGAGGUCUGGGCAGAGGAAGAUCAAGUGGCCAUCUCACAAGACGGGGAUUUAACCCUCACUAACUUCCUCAACUAUAGAAAAGUGCGACUCAUUCCUGACCAUCCCAAUGACAACGCUCAACUCCUCACCGGCCAAGUGUUUGACUCUGGCGUGGUGGGCAAGGCUCUAAAGGGCCCCAUCUGCACCUACCAGUACAGCGGUGGCGUCAACAUGGACCACAGCGCCAGUGUUGGGCUCGUGGCCACGACCGUGGCGCACGAGAUGGGCCACAACUUCGGCAUGGAGCACGACACCGAGGAGGACUGCAAGUGUCCUGACUCCCGCUGCAUCAUGGCACCUUCGUCAGGAUCUCGCAGCCCGAGCCAUUGGUCGAGCUGCAGUCACGAGUACUUGGCUCUUUCCUUCGAGCGCUCCAUGGACUACUGCCUGCGCAACAAACCCAGGACUCUGUUCGAUUCGCCCGUGUGUGGCAACUCGUUUGUCGAGCCUGGGGAACAAUGUGACUGUGGUCUUCCUCAGCACUGCGACAACCCCUGCUGUGAUCCUCACACAUGUCAACUCUACUCCAAUGCAACCUGUGCUACGGGCCAAUGCUGUGAUUUGCAGACAUGCCACCCAAAAGAGGCCGGCACGGAGUGUCGUUCAGCUCAUCGCGAGUGCGACUUGCCUGAAUAUUGUCGAGGCGACUCUGAGUAUUGCCCCGACGACGUCUUCCAAGAGGACGGCCACGAGUGUCAAGCUGGCAAGGCUUUCUGCCACUCUGGCAUGUGCCGGUCACACGAGCAGCAGUGCCAGCUUCUCUGGGGCCCUACGGGCCAGAACAGCCAUGACGACUGCUACAGCCUCAACACCCAGGGCAACAAUAAUGGCAAUUGUGGCUAUAACUGGGCCAAUGACACCUACUUCAAAUGUUCCACUGGUAACCGCAAGUGUGGGAUGAUGCACUGCAAACAUUACAACGAGCGGCUCGAGUUCGGCAUGGAGAGCGUGAGCAAAGUGUCGCAUCGCUUCAUCCAGGGCAACGAGCGCGAGAUCAUCCCGUGCAGGGUGGCACAGGUCGACCUGGGGUUGGAUAUGGUCGACCCAGGACUGGCCCCGGACGGCGCUAAAUGUGGAUACCAGAAGAUGUGUGUAAACCAAGUGUGCAUGUCGGUCGCAUCCCUGCGGCGUGAAGGUUGCUCAUGCAAUGGCAACGGCGCGUGCAACAACCUCGGUCACUGCCACUGCGCUCUGGGCUUCUCUCCGCCUGAUUGUUUAGAGCCUGGCUUUGGAGGCUCCAUCGACAGCGGGCCUGCCAGCAAUCCGCAUGCUACGAACAAGUUUGUAGUGGGACUUGUAGUAUUCUUCUUCGCUGUCGUGCCGUUGGCUGUAGCCUCUAUAUGCGUUGUUUAUUACAUCCGCGGCAACCUUGGCGUCAUUGGACUCUGGCUCACGAAGAAGGGACUCCCAGGAUCAUCAAGGCUACCAACUCGCGAUCCCGAGUCUGGUAGACGUGGCGGCCUUGGUAUUCCGAGAGGUAUUUCUUCGACCAGCGCGGGCGGCAUUUCCUCCAGCGCCACUUCUUCUAGUGAGAGUAAAAGCAACAGUCCUCUGCUUAACGGCAGCGCCAAUAUUACUUCACCUCACAUCCCAGUAGUUGGUGCUAAUGGUACUAGCGCUGAUGUGAAGUUCUUCGGAAAGCACCAAGGCUUUACAAUUUCCCCAAUUGGUGCUGAUAGUUUAUCCGAAGAAACAGCCUCCCGUGCUCAUACGACCAUUGUGGUACCAAACGGUUUAUCGAAAACUUCAGUGGUACCGCCUCAGCCUGUGCGCCAAGCACCAUCUACUCCAGCCAAAAUUGUGAUCAGUAAUCCUAGUCUGCAAGCUUCCACGAAUCGGGCUGUACAGCCGGUCGGCCAAGUGCCUUGUUUGCCCAAGACUCUUCCCCCUCCUCCAUCUCAUCCUUCUUCCCCUCCUCCAGUGGCUGUGGUAAACCCUUCGCGUCGUACUCACUCAGCAGCUCCUCGGCCGCUCUCGGUCCCUGACCAGAACUCUGUAAUCAUCUCACGCCCUGCUACUGCUCCUUCUGCAAAUUCUUCAAAAUCUUCUUCUUCAACUGCGUCAAAAAUUGCUUCUUUCCUUAACAAAAAAGAUAAGAGCGCAGAAGAAACAAAUGAGGAUGAUAGAGAUGCCAAUCGGUGUAGUACAUUGCCCCGUAAAGCAUCUAAAAUCAAUAGAGAAAGUUUAAUGCAGCUUGAAAUAUCUGCUCCUAUGCAACUUCAGGCUACAAAAUUACCAGAAAAUCUAGUCCCGGUUCGUGUUGCACCUGAACCACCAUCGACUGUAAUUGAUGUGACAACGAAAGACGGUUGCAAAUCUCCUAAAGUUACAUGGGCGCCAUCCGUAAAUUCCUCCGAAAAAACUUCGGCGCAUUCAUCCGACAUCCAUAGAAUUGGAAGUAUGCGAGAACCUCCAGUUACCCUUCGGCCUUCCAUCCCUAAAUUUGGAUCAAUGCGAACUCCUCGGCCUAAAAGUCUUCCACCCGCUCGCCCUUCUGACCCUCCUCCCCGCCCUCCGCUGCCCACGAUCCCUUCACCGGGAUCGGAGGAUGUUUAUGAUGACUGUGUUGAAAGCUUUAACAAUACAACUCAUAUUACGUCGCUAGGAGAAGGCACGACGUCUCCAACAGAGAGCAUUUAUGCCACUAUUGAAGAGGGAACUUCCCCUGAAAAUGUAACCUCUGUUGAAUCUAAAACUGUAGACUCCGAUCCACCUUCUGAGCCUGAACCAUUUUAUGCCAACAGCAGUGCCAUUAUCCCUGCCAACGACCAACCGGCUAAGAAGUCUGUUUUCUCAUUCUUGUAUGGCAAAACUAAGAGAAAGAAAAAAGAGAGUGUUGAGGAGCCUCUAUAUUCUAAUAUUGGCAGCAUUGAUGAAGUAAAUACAAGCAAGGAUGCUUCGUCUCCACCUAGCCGCUCUUCUUCUCUCACGCCUCCAGACCGGGCGAGUUGCGGCAGCUCAGAAGACGGAGGUCUGCUCUCGGAAAUUGUCAGCGAGCUCGUCACGAGAGAACCUGAUUUCCGAAACGCUCUCGUUAGCCGCAAAAAAUCGAAGACUGUUGAUGAUAAAUGUGGUGCCUUUAUUCAGGACAAAAAUACCGUGAGCCUUACUUCUAAUAAAUCUGACCCUCUAGUUGAUAGCACACCUCUACCAAUAGUUGAUACUACGAGCUCAAAUCAAGUAAGUCGCAGCAGAGGCUAUCCAUGGAGGUCUCAUUCUAAUGAAAAGCCACAGGCUCUUGGUUCUAGUCAUUCUAAUGAAAAUGAUAGUCCUAAAAUUUUGACCAAAGCUGGCGGAGUUUUAUCAUACUUGAAGCGUAGCAUACCUGACGAUAAAGAUAACACGAUUGUAGUAAACACUGGUGAGAUGAAUGAAAUGGCGUCACCAGACCUCAAAAGUCCUAUAACUGCUGUGAGCAACACUACUAUAACGACACAAAUCAUGUCGGGAGGAUCUGUUGUUCCUACCGCUAAAGGUCUUCCAGCAAAUCAGCGGCUUGAAUCGUCGUUAGCUGCUGUCAGAGCGGCAUCGAAACAACUCAAUGUAGGAAAUAGAGCAGUUGUUGAGCAAAGUUCAACAGAAACUGGUAUUCCUCUUUCCUCUAAUUUUUCUGGGAAGAAACCUGGUAUUACGACACCAAAACCUACUGUGGAGCUUUCUGAUCCGUUAUUAUCGCCUGUUAAGUCUGUGCUAAAAGAAGCCUCUGCUGCCGGAGAGAAAACGCCAGAUAUUCCUGGCAGUAAAGUUGGGGACAAACCAUCUGAUCCCAGUAUAAAUCAUGUUUUAUCUAGUCAAUCAAGUGAGCCCGGUGAUACCCCUGACAAAAGUCUUUCAUCCACUGAGAACACGAAUAAUUUUACUAGUAAUUCAAAUAUUCCUUCUACAUCUGUCCGUGUUAAAGUACAACGCCCGGAGUUUCCUCCAGAUAAAGUCCUUUUUCCCCCUGAUAAAUUAGACACAAAAGCCUCAAAAAGCGAUGCAGGGGCUAUUUCACCUAACAGUAGCGUUAUAAAAGUUGCGGGCCGAAAUAGCAGCGCAAGUAAAGGUAAAAAUACGACUGCCCGAAAUAAAUUCACCACUGUAUCUCCUCCAAAAACUAACGAAGCGAGUAGCAAGCCCUCGCGCGUCCUGUCCCCAACCCGAUCAUCAGGUGGAAAGGGACCGGUGAGUAUAGAAAAGGGUAACUUGGCAUCAAAUAGUAAAAAUAGCGGCUCUAGAACUAAAUUUACAGCCUCAUCUGCAGAGACAUCCGACACAAAAGAAGGUAAAAAGCCUAGUUUGAGUAGUAGUAGUACUAGUGCCGCGCGCUCCAGUGCUCGACGACCUGCCGUUCGCAACAACACAGCUUACGGAGGCAAGAGCGUAGGAAGCUCGAAUGUUGCGUCUUUGCAGCAGAAAUUCGAGAAGGAAGUAGCGGGCACUCCUCCUGCGCAAGAGAGCAAGACGACCGUGCCUGCCAGAGUAUCUUCCGCCCGUAGAACAUCUGAUACCAAACCUAGCAUUACACCGAAACCACGGACAUGAAUGGACUUCCUUUUACAUCAGGACGUCUACUGCUAAGUGUGUAAAUUAGUGAUAUUGAAGAUAUUUUUAACGAAAUGUUGCAUCUGCCAGCAUCAAGGGAGCGAUGCGCUGUUGUAGGUUUUAUAUUUUAUUUACGGUAAACGCGUAAAAAUGGCAUUGUGCUCUCAACGAGAAAAUUACCUGCUAGUUCAUAUUUAUUAACUUGUUCACUAGCUUUACCCAGUUGAAGUUUAAUAAAAAAAGAGGCUCAUUAACUGCCCAAGUGCAAUUUUUACAGUGAUCGCUUAUAAGUUGACUGACUUUCUUGACAAAAAUAUUCUCUCCUCAAGUAUCAAUUUGAGUAAUUGUUAGUACCUAUUCCAAUAUUUGUUCUAUUGAGUAAAACUGCUUCUAAUUCCAGCAAAUAUUAUGUUUUCUCUGAAAACAGCAGCUUAAAAGGUUUUAUCGAUUGCUCUUAACCCUCUUUUACUUGCAUCUGUCGAAGGAAAUUGUAUGU